CAAACGGUGUGUUACCGGUGCGUCUAGCACGCAAUCCACAGAUGCCGAGCUCCUGGGGCAAACGCUGCCGCUGGGCCAGACAAGGGUUGACUUUAUUACCCCUGGCCUCGCGACGCCACCUUUGUGGGAAAUAGGAUGGCACGGGGCAUGGACCCAAAGUUUGGGGACGGGUAGCGGAGCUAGUUCGUGAUCGACGCUGCUUGCUGUCGAUUUCCAGCCCUCGCUCUGACUCGUGUUGUCGUUCUAGUCUCGAUCCUGCGACCCCUAGCUCUUUGUGAGUCCUGGAAUGGACGGUCAUGGGCGAAGAAAGGGCAUGAUCUACUCGACACCAUGUAAACAUCUAAUGGUUUGGCCUAUUGGUGAUCUUUUGCCAUGCCGGCAUGCCGAUCGAUUGCAGUGCCGUCGAUGGCUGCACAAGCUUUAUCUAUCCGCAGAUUCAGAAGCAAAGAACAGUCUUGAUAUGGCAACUCGCCGGGUCAGCAACGGGGCUGUCCGGAGAGUCUGAUCCGCCCAACCGCCAUGCGUGCAAACCUUCGAGGUCUAUUCGUCACUCUCGCCCGCCCUUGACCCCAUUGAUAUGAGGGUUCUGUGGUCUGCCCUGUCAAUCACACACCCCGCCCUCGGCGCUAGUCCCGGGCUUCGACCUCCUCGGGCAGUCUGGUCCAGCGCCGGUCAGAGCGCCGUCAAGAUGCGGAUGGCAGCGCGCGACACCUUGGGCCAAAUUGAGGCCUGCAGCCACCCCAACGCCAGCCUUUCGCUGGCUUCCUUGGGGCCGUCGUAGUCCAUCUUGAGCAGGAACUAUUUGUCGUUCAGUGUGAGCGGCACUUUGUCAACUUGCCACUAAAACCUGCAUGUUUGCCCCCGCCUCGACUGCAGAACCUUCAUCUCUCCAUUCAUGAGGGGAUGGUCAGCGCCUAUCAGAAAACCAAGACGAUCACGGUGACAACCCCCAACCUCACCGGCCUGACCUGCAGAUUCAUGUACAGCGAUUGCCCGAGACCAGAACGAGGUGAAGUCUAAGGCAACCGCAUACCGGGCCACGAUGAUGGGGACUUCGUCGCCGCCGCCAACGCCGCGGGCGGUGCGGCCGCCAACAAGAGACAGUCUGGCCAGGCGACUCAGGAGCAACUCUGGUCUGUCGCUGCACACCAACCCGGCCGCGCUGCGCCAAUACACAGACUACGGUUCAGACGGCACCCCGGUCAGAUCCGAGUUCGCGGUCGAGUGGGGAGCUAUCGAUUCCGUGUCGGGCAGUCCGCCCGGCAGCACUCCUGGAAGUCGCAUGAGCGUCGCAAGCAUGCCACCUCUAACGGGGAGGAAUGGCGCCGACGGCUCGGCCUCGCCAUGCCCUGGGCCUGACAUAUUCGGCAAGGAGGUCAUGCAGAUGGUGUUGAAGAACCCCGAAGCCUCGGACCAGCUACUGCAGUUCGCCGAGACCAGGAAGUCGGCCGAGGGUAUGGAGUUUCUGAUGAAGCUCAAGGAGUAUGCCCACUGCGUAAACGCCGUCACCUCCAGCAUGGCAGCAAUAUCGAGCACAUUCAUGUCGGUGGCGGCCCCGUCGCCGCUGCGGCUGCCGCACCAGACCUCGCGCGUACUCAACGCGGAUGUCAAACACGUCGCCAUCUCCAUCCUGCCGACGCUCGAGACGCUGUUCGCCGACGCCCGCGCGCACGUCGAGCACCGCAUCGCCCGCGAGUUGUACCCGGCCUUCGUCCGCACCCAGCUGGCCCUUGCCACGUCGGUCGCCCUGGCCACCGAGGUCCGCCACUCGGCGCGCCAUUUCGACCCGCGCUUCCCGGGGCUGGCUGACGCCUUCUGCCUGGCCGACCCGCUCCAGUUCGACUGCCCCGUCGCCUUCGCCUCGGACGGCAUGGCCGACCUGGCCGGCUGCGCCACCGACGAGAUCGUCGGGCGCAACUGCCGCUUCCUCCAGUCUCGCGGCGGCUCGGCGACGGCCGGUCAGCAGCUGCACCCCUCCACAGCCCGACUGCGCGCCGCCAUGCAGGCCGUAGCCAUGGCGUACCCCGCCGGGGCGCCUGUGGCCGACAGCAGCAGCGGCAUCCUGGAGUUGGUGCUCAACUACCGCCGCGACGCCGACGGCACCCCGCAGCCCUUCUGGAACCUGAUCUUCGUCUGCCCGCUCACCACAGCCACGGGCCGUGUCGCCUACUACCUGGGCGGCCAGGUCAACAUCACCGAGGCAGUCGGCACCCACAAGGAGCUGCUCGACAUCCUGGGCUGCGCCGGCCCGCCCCGCCCGACGACGUCGUCGACGGGCCGCGGGUCGAGCGAGGUUGGACCUACGAGCUCGCCGUUGGUGGCCUUUCGGACCCCCAGGACCGACGUCACGGCAACGCCCGUGGACGGCGACGGAAGCAGCAGCGGCGGCGAGGAUACGGAGCUGCCCUCGGGCAAGACGGGGCGGUACAGGCAUCUCCGUCGGAAAAGGACCAAGAACAAGCAAAAGAAGGAAGCUGGCAAGGCCGAUGCCGAAGGCGACAAGCGGGGCCGGGGAGACGCGCCGGCGCCCGGCAGCAACGGCGACAACCAGCAGCAGCAGGAGGACGAGCGGGCCAGGCGGCGGUCCAUGCCACGAGGGUUUAGCUUCAAGACGUUUCGCAGACAGCAGUCGUUCGAGAACAGCACCGGCGCGCCGCCCCGGGCACCCUCCCGCACCGCCACGCGCACCCCGACGGCCAUGGCCAGAGACGGCGCCGCCAGCCCGACGCCCCCGCUCACGAUCCCGCUGUCGCUGCCGUCGCCAAGCACCGCCAGCGGCUACGGCUACGGCUACGGCGGCUUCGGCGGCUCGCCCACCUGCCUCACCCCGUCGCCCACGUGCGCGCCGCUCCGCUACCCCAUCCCGACGCCGCCGCCCGAGUCAGCCAGCGACACAGCGGCAGGCCCGCCCGAGUUUUCCGGCGCGUACAUCCGGCACAUGGUCCUCGAGUACGCGCCGGCCCAGAGCGGCGGCGGCGACGGCGGCGGCGGGUCCCCGGCUCGGCUGCGCGUCGAGUUCUGCUCGGCCGCGGCGCUCGAGCUGCUCGGGAUCCCGCCCGCCGACGCGCCGCGCGUGCUACACCAGGACGUGCUGGCCGUGCUGGCCGAGGGCGCGGGCGCCAUGACGUCCGUCACCAAGGCCUUUGCGCGCGCCCUGCUGGCCAGCGUGGCGGACGGGAAGAGCACCAGCAACCGCAUUACUAUCGGCGGCGCUUCGCUCGAGGGCGAAGCUGAGGGGAGUGGAAGUGGAGGUGGGGGAUUCCCGUUCUCAGCCGCCAGGCGGCGGUCGGCGACGGCGGUGGCGGGCAAGAAGAAACAACGCAUGAUGCCGAGCAUCCUUACAGGGCGCAGCGAAUCGCAGCAGCAGCAGCAGGCGGUCGAAGAUGCGGGGGCGGCUACGCCCAGUCCGUCUGCGCGAAUGGGGGAUGUUUUUGAGGGGUUUGCUGCGUGGAAGGGGCUGGGUGGCGGUGGCUCAGGGAGUGGGAGCGGGGUUGCUGUGUCAAGCGCACAGCAGCAGCAGCACCACCACCAGAAAGAGCAGGAUAUCGUGUGUCAUUGGACGCCGUUGAGGAACGCCGAGGGAAGCGUGCGCUGGGUGGUGCUAAUCCUGGCGCCGGCGUCGGGUUGAGGACUGGAACGGCUGGUUGGAGAUGCGGGCGUGCUUGUAAAAACAGUGACGUUUCCUUCCUUGUCUCGAGUUGAUGACAUUCUAGCUAAGCAUGGUUUAAAUAUGAUGACGUAUGACCUGGU